UUAAGUCCUACCAUAAGCCGGAUAUAUACCUCUCAAAGUUAAGCCGAUGUUCACUCUGACAUAUCUAUCUCAUUUACGUUCCACCUGCGUUGCACUGCUGUAGUGGGUCUCACAUUGUCUUGGACUGAAAUAAAAUCUUGAAUUGAUCUAAUAUAAUAGUUCAUUCUGCGUACACUAAAGGGAAAUUAUGACGACAUCUAGUUUUACUUGUUAUCAAUGUGACAAAGGAAAUUGCAAUGUACCAGACGAACAAAUGUUCCUUUGCAAGACUGAAUUUAACUGCUGGAAAUCUUUGACUGAAUUUGGAAGCAGCCAACUGGAGUCCCGUGGUUGCAUUCCUACAGCGCACCAUGAUCUAUAUCUUUGUAAUAAUACAAAAGAGGAAUUCAAACCUAGAGAUCUUUACAGAUGCUGUGCAGAAGAAUUCUGCAACGACGGUAAUUUUGCUGUAAUAGAGGAUCUUGAUAGUUAUUUCGUCUGGAAAUAUUAUGUACUCUACGGACUUCUAAUUUUAAUCAUCUUGAUAUGGGUCUCUGCUGGCCUUUAUGUUUACAAACUUCGCAUUAAUCGAGCACGCAUCUCUAAUGCAGAGAGGCGACCACCUCCUCCUCGACCGGAGAUGAUACCGCUGCGUAGAGUGAAUGUGCGAACUAGCGCCUGGUGAUAGACUUGAAUCGCUCCUGUCAGCGGUAGCAUAGUACAUAUAUGUACAAUUAUACAGAGUAUCAAAGCCUUUAUUAACGGUAAGAUUGUCGAUUGAUCGAUUGCCAACUGGAACGCGCCAACGAUCAGUUUUAGGAGCAGGUUCAGAAUCACGUAAAUCCGUACUUAACCAAG